AUGCCGACUCUCGCUCUCAUCAACUUCAACAUUGUCUGCGCGACACUUGGAGGCUUCAUCUCCCUCUUUGGGCUGGUCUCCUACUUAUGCAAGGAACGCUUCUACCUUUCCGAAGCCUUGAUCUCCCUGCUUGCAGGCGUAGCCUUCUCCCCACACGCAGCAAAUUUCAUCCGACCAGAAGACUACGCUCUUCACUCAGCGGCGAAUCUCGACGCCAUCACUCUGCAUUUCACCCGCCUAGUCCUGGGCGUGCAGCUAGUCCUUGCGGGGGUGCAACUUCCCAAGCGUUAUCUCCAGAUAGAAUGGAAGAGCCUGUCCUUACUCCUGGGGCCGGGCAUGGCCGCCAUGUGGAUUUCCAGCAGCCUGAUCGUUUACGCCAUGGUUCCGGAUAUCCAAUUUCUGCAUGCCCUGAUAGUGGGUGCGUGCGUGACGCCCACAGAUCCCGUGCUGUCCAAUUCGAUUGUCAAGGGCAAGUUCGCCGAUAAGCACGUCCCGCGUCCGCUGCAGAGGAUUAUCAUCGCCGAGUCCGGGGCUAAUGAUGGACUUGGAUAUCCGUUCCUGUUCUUUGGGAUUUACUUGAUGAAGUAUAUCGGAAUGGGAGGUGAAGGAUAUAGCGGCGGUGCUGGGACGGCGAUUGGGUUGUGGUUUUAUGAGACGUGGGUCUAUACCAUUCUGCUCAGUGUCGCCUAUGGCGUUGUUGUGGGAUGGCUUUCGAGGAAGCUUCUCCACUGGGCGGAGGAGAAGAGAUAUGUUGAUCGGGAAAGCUUCCUGGUCUUCGCUCUCGCUCUCGCGUUAUUUAUCGUGGGAACCUGCGGUCUGAUUGGAACAGAUGACCUUCUGGCAUGCUUCGUCGCCGGGAAUGUGUUUACCCAGGAUGACUGGUUUCGUCUGGAGACAAUGGACGACUCGCUGCAGCCGACCAUCGACAUGCUGCUCAACCUGGCGGUUUUCAUGUGGUUCGGCGCAGUAUGCCCGUGGACUCUCUUCUUGAAAAACGACGUCAUUCCCAUCUACCGGCUCAUCUUCCUAGGUGUUCUGAUUCUCCUUGUGCGCCGACUCCCCGUCAUUUUCGCCAUGCACAAAUACAUCCACCAGAUCGAGCAUGCACGACAAGCCGCGUUUGUGGGGUUCUUUGGUCCUAUCGGCGUUGGAGCCAUCUUCUAUCUGUCUAUCAGUCGAGAGUUCCUGAUGGAGAUCACGGUUGACGGACACAUCCGAGAAGACGCAGAGAAGGUCUCCGAGACUGUGAAGAUAGUAGUCUGGUUUCUGGUCAUUUGCAGCAUUGUGGUCCACGGCCUCUCGGUCCCGCUUGGAAAAGCCGGAUAUCAUCUCCCAAGGACAAUAUCCAGUGCGAUCAGCACCAGCAUGGAUGAGCAGCCGGAGGCGGUGCCCAUCGACAACUUCCGACGCACGCACAGCACGGCGACUACGCGGCCCGACGGCGCAGAACCGAGCCGUCGGACUCGUAAGCGCGAUAGCGAGCGGGAAGAGCCUCCGCGGCCGCCUCUUUUCCGGAUCGGUCGCUCGGUGAUUCCUUCUCAUUCGCCGUCGAGCGAGAUUCGGUUUGGUGUCGGUCAGGAGGGUGAACCGGAACGGCCUGUGCAUUUGGUUAUUCGGGAGCCUGAGGGCAGCGUCUCUAAUGAACAGCAAGAGAGAUCUGCGCCUGGCGCUUGA